GGGUCAGACAUUGGAUCGUCUGGCUGGACAGCGGGCAUCGGGUCACCAGGCAUCAGCAGGCACCGGGUCAUCUGGCGCUGGAUCGUCUGGCUCGACAGCGGGCAUCGGGUCACCAGGCAUGACAGCGGGCACUGGGUCAUCAGGCAUUGGAUCGUCUGGCUCGACAGCGGGCAUCGGGUCACCAGGUAUGACAGCGGGCACUGGGUCAUCAGGCGUGAUAGGAUCAUCAGGCUGGGUACAGACAUCAGGCUGGGUAGAGACAUCAGGCUGAAGUGCGGGUGCCGAGGCACCAGGCUGAACCACGGAAGGCAGGUUCUCAGA